AUGGCAGGCGCCAACUUCGUGCAGGAGAUGCAGUCUGUGGGUGAAAAGCUGCUGCUCAAGCUGCAGAGGCUGCCCCAGGCCGAGCCCGUGGAGCUUGUGGCCUUCUCAGUCAUCCUCCUUUUCACAGCCACUGUUCUGCUGCUGCUGCUGAUAGCUUGCAGCUGCUGCUGCACUCACUGCUGCUGCCCUGAGCACAGAGGCAGGAAGGUCCAAGUGCAGCCGGUGACUCCACCAUGA